CACCGGAAACGCCUCUCCUUCAUCGCUCGCAGCAGAGCUCGCCGGAGGUCACGACGGAAACAGCCGGAUAAAUACACGUUCAUGCCGAUACCGUCUCACCGGCGGGAACGAAGCGAAGAGUCGCUUUUGGUUACCGUAGAUAGAAUGGAUUCAUAUGUUUGAAAUAGUUGGGAUCAUCAGCUUGAAUUUCCAAUUGUGGAUUAUGAAAUGAUAAUCUUGAAGUAGUUAGAAUGUACUUAUCAGAAAUGAUUAUUGGGCUUUUUGGUAUAUCUGGUUUAUGCUUGGGCUAGGUGGCGGUAAAGGUGAAAUGCUAACUGCAGAUGUGGAAGAAGGGACAAGCCCUAUUAGUAAAAAUGCAGUUCGUAAAAAUAGACGUCUUGGCAGCAGAAUCAAAUGCUUUGGGGUUGAAUUGUCACCGGAUAAUAUUGCCGUUGCCAUGGUGUACUUUGUUCAAGGUGUUUUAGGCCUUUCCAGACUUGCUGUCAGUUUCUACUUAAAAGAUGAUUUGCAUCUAGAUCCUGCCGAGACAGCUGUGAUAUCUGGUUUUUCUGCAUUACCGUGGCUUGUCAAACCUCUUUAUGGGUUUAUAAGUGAUUCUGUCCCACUGUUUGGCUAUCGAAGAAGGUCAUACUUGGUUCUGUCAGGACUUCUUGGUGCUCUCUCUUGGAGCUUAAUGGCUACCUUAGUUGAUAGCAAGUAUAGUGCUGCUUUCUGCAUACUUCUUGGAUCGCUUUCUGUUGCCUUCUCCGAUGUUGUUGUGGAUUCAAUGGUGGUAGAGAGGGCUCGUGGUGAGUCACAAAACUUGUCAGGUUCUCUUCAAUCCUUAUGUUGGGGUUCUUCAGCUUUUGGUGGAAUUGUGAGCUCUUACUUCAGUGGUUCUUUGGUGGAUGCUUAUGGUGUAAGGUUUGUUUUUGGGGUUACGGCAUUGCUACCACUGAUAACUUCAGCCGUUGCUGUUCUUGUUAAAGAACAACGUGUUCUUGGUCCAGCAAGAGGACAGAACCUCACUUUGAAUGGGCUUGGCUUUGUAGAAAGCUCGAAGCAGCAUAUUUUUCAGUUGUGGGAUGCAGUCAAGCAGCCCAAUGUUUUUCUUCCCACAUUAUUUAUUUUUCUCUGGCAGGCAACACCGCAUUCAGACUCUGCUAUGUUUUACUUUACUACAAAUAAACUUGGUUUCACCCCAGAGUUUCUAGGACGUGUCAAGCUUGUCACUUCAAUUGCAUCAUUGGUUGGGGUUGGGCUGUACAAUAGUUUUCUAAAAAAUGUUCCUUUGAGGAAGAUUUUUGUUUUUACUACCAUAAGUGGUACAGCACUUGGGAUGACUCAGGUUUUCCUUGUUACUGGACUAAAUCGUAAAUUUGGCAUAAGCGACGAGUGGUUUGCAGUUGGGGAUUCUUUGAUUCUAACAGUUCUUGCUCAGGCUUCUUUCAUGCCUGUUCUCGUGCUAGCCGCCAAAUUAUGUCCGGAAGGGAUGGAAGCAACGCUUUUUGCGACUCUCAUGUCCAUUUCAAAUGGAGGAAGUGUUCUCGGAGGGCUGAUUGGUGCUGGUCUAACCCAGCUUUUUGGAAUCACGAAGGACAGCUUUGACAACUUAGCCUUUUUGAUUAUUCUGUGCAAUCUUACCUCUUUGCUGCCUUUGCCGCUCCUAGGGCUUCUCCCUCCAGAUACCUCUGACACCAUCAAGGAGAAGGAUGGCGGAGAUAUUGAGAUGAAGGCUAAUUGAAUUUGGGAUAGUCAACAUUUAAAGCACACCUUGCACCUGUCAAUCAUUGCUUCUGCCCCGCCCAAGAUGGUACACGUUUUGGCUUGGCUGCGGCUUAUGAAUAUAACACGGAGAGGGAGAGAGCGAAAUAUCACAAGUUGGAUAGAGAAGUACAGAUGUAUCUCGUAGUUAUUGUGUUCCAUUGAAAUGAUUGCAGUUGUAUUUGGUUGCAAUCAGUUUGAAAGAUGUAGUGCACCGAGAUCUUGGUAUCAAUGAAAACGUGAUCCGAGAGCUUUAUCUAAUUUGAAACAUGCAGCAUUUACCUUCA